GGGGACACGGAGUAACUAACACCGGCAAUCAGUGAGGACAAAAUAAAAGCAGACGGCCAGAAGAUUUCCAUCAGCAGCCUCAGCUGUGCGUCCGUCACGCUCCCUCGCUCACUUCAGUUCUCAUUUCUCGUUCCGUUGCAUCCCGUUGGCGCUGGUGCUGAGGAAUUAUCUGUUGUCAGAACCUGUGUGAGACACCGCCGCACCAACGGGGACCAGAGUGCCAGAGGGUGCUGAGCCAUGCCGCCAGCCGCCGUUCAGAUCCUGGCGUUGGCACUGGCGCUCCUGGGCAUCCUGGGUGCCACGGUGGCCACUGUGCUCCCAAACUGGAAGGUGAGCAUUGGCGUGUGGUUCAACAUCAUGACCCCCAUCUCACAGAUGCAGGGUCUGUGGAUGGACUGCGUCUGGUACAGCUCCGGCGUGUUCAGCUGCACCAUGAAGAACUCAAUGCUGUCACUGCCGGCGUACCUGCAGGCCACGCGUGCUGCCAUGGUGCUGUCGUGCCUGAUCGCGUCACUGGGUCUCUGCCUGGCGUCCCUCGGGCUCAAAUGCACCCGUUGGGGGGGCAGCCGGCGGGCAAAAGGACACACUGCAAUGGCUGCAGGCGGCUGCUUCAUCCUGGCCAGCGCCCUCUGCCUGAUCCCCGCAUCCUGGUUCACCAACGAAGUCAUCACUGCCUUCCUGACCACGGACGCCCCAGACAGCAGCAAGUACCAACCCGGCGGAGCUCUGUGCAUCACGUUCAUCUCCGCCGGAUUCCUAUUAGCCAGCGGCAUCAUCUUUUGCUUGUCCUGUCCGGGGACAAGAACGGGACGGCCAGACUCCUCUGUGUCCACUGACCCUGAUGGACCUCAACGGCGUGAGCUGAAAAGAGAGCAACAAAACCAAACAGUCGGUCUGCAGAUGGACGGCGUGAAGCCACAGAAACCAGAGCAGCACUUCCACCUGUCCCUGUCCAGAGUCCCUCCAAAAGACGUGAAAGACAACUACAGCCUGAAGGAGUACGUUUAACC